AUGAGGCAAGCUGGUGCAUAUUCAGGUUUGUUGUGUGGUGGCAUUUCAGGAAGAACAGGUCCUCAUUCUCUUCCUUUGGCGAGGAUCAAGAAGAUUAUGAAGAAGUCUGGGGAGGAUGUUAAGAUGAUAUCAGGGGAGUCUCCUAUUAUUUUUUCCAAAGCUUGUGAGAUCUUCAUUGAGGAGCUUACAAGAAGGUCAUGGAUCAUGGCCAUGCAAGGCAAAAGGAGAACUUUGCAUAAAGAUGAUGUGGCCUCAGCUGUAAUUGCCACUGAUGUCUUCGACUUUUUGAUCACUUUGGUUUCUGAUUCUUCUGCUGGAAGUCCUUCAGAUGAUAGUGCUGCAAGUGACACCACCACCACGCAAAUGGAAACUAGUUUGUAA